AUGAAAGGUGGAUACUUGGAUGAGGACAUGUAAGACGGCUUUUAAACGUUUUUGAGUUCGAUUUUUAGGUGAUACUUCGGUUUGGAUAUAUUGUAGCAGAAAAAGAGGUGAAAAGGUGUGAAGAUGAAGGUUGUUGGUGGAUAUUUUGCUUCAUACAGGUGCUUUGAAGGUCUAAGAAGCUCUUAUAAAGAGCUGAGCUUUUGAAUUCUUGAUAAAAAACAUUUCUUUCGGAUAUUUUACUGGACCGUGCCUAAAGCAAUGUGCUGGCUCGUAAAUGUCAAAAAAGCUAAAACGCUCAAAAGUUUGAUAGCCUAUUAGGUGCCUUAUUUUCUGACGCAUCUUUCUGAAAAGGCCCAACGAAUUUACUUUCCUCUGACAUUUUAUUUUUUCGAUAUUACACUUGAUGGUAUCAGUUAUGCCUAAAUUGCCGAAAGCUCGAUAGAACUUGCGUUUUUCAUCAAAUCUUUUGCUGUCAAAGCAGUAACAUGGUCUGACACACCUUUAUGCCGAAUCUUCACUUGAUAUCUAGCCAUCAACAUUUCUUUUUUUCGAUAUUAUACUAGCCAACCCUAUCACCUCCAAUUUUUCAGGCUCUCCACGAUUGAUCUGAAAGAAUAUAGGUGUCAGCCCUUUGUUUAUGCCUUCUGGUGGUACACCGACAUUUUCAUCUACUUUUCCCAUCAUUUCAUCACCGUCCCGACGGUCAGAUGGAUCAAUGAAGCUCAUGAUCACGAUGUUCUUUGUCUCGGCACUUUCAUCACAGAAUUUGAUAGUGGAAAGGUGUUUUGUGAGCAAAUUUUUAGCAGUCAGGAAAAUGCUACAACUUUGGCGAAUGUUAUGAUUGACUUGUGUGAGGAGUGGCACUUCGAUGGGUGGUUGAUCAACAUUGAAAAUGUUGUCGACGUAAGUUCAUUUUGGUUUAUUUUUUUGGUUUUUAGGUAAAAUACGAAUUCACUUAUCGAUUCUAUAAUCCGGAUAUGGAUUUUUUGAUCUGUAAAAAUUUUUAAAAUACGAUUUUCGAGAUGUUCUCUUUAUUUAAAAAUUUUGUCGGAUUUUGAUGAAAUCCGAUUUUUUUGUCUUUUUUUGGGUAAAAUACGUCAUUCGUUCAUAACUCUUAGGUUCCUUAUCGGUUUUUCAAAAUCUCAAAAUACGAUUUUCAAAUUUUUUUAUUAUUGCCUAAAAUACGGUGAUAUUGUAGUCAAGCAACAUCCCGAACAUCCUCUUGUUCCUCGACACUCUCCGUUCUGGUCUAAAGUCUCGCAUUGGACCGCAUUCCCAAGUAAUUUGGUAUGAUUCCAUCACUUUCGACGGGAAAUUGGCUUGGCAGAACUGCCUAAAUGUAUAUAAUCAGGUGUUCGCCGAGAAAUGCGAUGGUCUCUUUACGAAUUACACGUGGAAUCGACGUCAUCUGAAAGGUAUUUGCUUUUGUUUUGUUUGAAUUUGAAUUUUAGACAAGAAUUUUGGACUUUCCCUGAUGUUCAGGGUCUUCGUGGUGGGACCCGAAAUUUUGAGUUUUGAUUAAAAAAUUGUGAAUUUUCGCAUUUCAGCGACUGAAAAGUUUGUCCAACGGAAGAAGACGACAUUGUCGACGUAUGACAUUUACUUUGGAGUCGAUGUUUUUGGCCGUGGCGCAUUUGAAGGCGGUGGUUUCAACACCUACAAGGCGGUUCAAGCAGCAAGAAAUCACAACUUUUCGUCCGCGAUUUUUGCUCCAGGCUGGACUAGCGAGUGUUUCAAAGAGGUAUGAGAAGUUUGUGGGGAUUUGGGAUAGAUUUGAGGAAAAAAUUAUAUUACACUAGGCAAUUUUUAUGAGUUUUUGGUUUGUUUAAGGGGCGGAAAAAUUGUUUACAUGCGAGUUAGCGAUGUUAUGAGAGGUUUUGAAGGUCUUUGGUGGAAAAUUUGGAUAAAAUUUAUAUUACACUAGGCAAUCUUUAUCAAAAUUUUUGGGAUUUUUGGAGGGGAAAAGGAUGUGUAAUGGUACUUAAAGUAUGUUUUAGAGUGAAUAAACGGUUUUUGGAAAGUUUGGAAUCAAAAAUUUGACAAAAAUUAUAUUACACUAGGCAAUUUUUUUCAAAAUUUUUUGGGUUUUUUGGACGGGAAAGGAUGUCUAAUGGUAUUUAAUGUAUGUUUUAGAGUGAAUAAACGGUUUUUGUAGAGUUUGGAAUCAAAAAUUUGAAAAAAUUAUAUUGCACUAGGUGGUUUGAUGAUUUUUUCUUGAUUUUUGAUCAGAUGCGGCACUUAAAUGGGGUAAAAUAAAGAGAAUUUGGUAGAAAAAAAUAUUUGUGGUAAAAUACGAUAAAUUUCCAUGUUGCCUUCUUUUCAGAUUUCAAGUUUCGACCGAGUUUUCCACAAACUUUACUGCUGUCUUCCCGUGGUCCGCCCUCCUGCCCUCUUUGAUUCCGAGGUGAGUGACCGUAUUUUUUCGAUCGUAUUUUAUUUCAAAAUUUAGCAUAACAACGCCCUGGUCAAUCACUUCAAAUUGUUCCGAGAAAUGGCCGACGUUAUCCACCCCCAUCGCCUCACCAAAGGAUUUGCGUGUAACUUUACGUACGGCCUGAUUAAUAACAGAGAAUUCAAUCCGAACCAUCGCGAGAUCCAACCGUUCCUUUUGGAAGACGAUGAGGUUAGGUUGACCGAAAAUGGAAUCGAAAUUGGAGGGAAAAAAGAGAGCAGACAUGUGUAAGUUGAACAAAAUAAGAUGGAAAAUUUUUGUUUUGAUGGUAAAAGUUGAUGAUUUAGAGAGAAUGAGGGAUAAAGAACAUAGUUUUGGCAGUAAAUUUUUACUUUGGGGCGUUUGAAAAGUGAUUUUAAAAAAAUUUUUUUGCACAGUGCAGUUGGAAAAAAGUUUUUUGUUUUUUUUGCACGGUGCGGUUAAUUUGGAAAAAGAAAAAUGACGUGUGCUGAUCACUGAUGAUCUUAUAAGUUAUUGUGGAAUCUAUAAUUUUAAUUUUGAGUGGAGAUUUGAAUGGAAAUUUGAGAUUUUAAAAAAAUUUUUGCACAGUGCGGAAACUUUUUGAUUUUUUGAAUUUUUGCACUGUGCGUUGAGUUGAGAAGGUAGAAUGGGAUGGGUCUAUAUUUUUGAUGUUUUCUAGUAUCCCAAUUCAUCGUAUUUUAGCAAAAAAAAUAAUUUUUUUAUUAUACAUGAUGAUGUUUCAGAUUAUUUCUGACUGAUAUCAAAAAUGUUCGAGCCUUCAAACUCACCACCUCCAACGACGCACUAACCCCCGAAGUCACAAAAGAAGUCCAUAAUUCGGAACCCGACACCUUUGACAUAUCCGAAAUUUACGUGAUCAAAACAUCAGAUGAGCCGGCUCUUCUCUUGGACAUGACCUUUGAAAUUACCGGUUGA